GUGCUGAACGGGCUCCUGUCCCGCCCGGACUGGGCGCUGGCCCUGCGGGUGCCCCUCGGGGUCCUGCCCUGCGGCUCCGGGAACGGGCUGGCGGCCGCUCUCAACUGCCACGCGGGACUGUCCCCGGCCCUGGGGGUCUCUCUCCUCCAGAACUGCUCCCUGCUGCUGUGCCGGGGCUCGGCUGCUCCCCUGGACGUGCUCUCGGUGUCCCUGGGCUCGGGUGCCCGGCUCUGGUCGGUGCUGGCCGUGGCCUGGGGGCUGGUGGCCGAGGCCGACGUGGGCAGCGAGCGGCUGCGGCGCCUCGGCCCCGCCCGGUUCCUGCUGGCGGCGGCGGCGCGGCUGCUGGUGCUGAGCACACACCGGGCACGGCUGGCGUGGCUGCCAGCCCUGGAGGGCACGGAUAACGGGGUGGACAGGGACACCAGGGUGGACAGGGACACCAGGGUGGACAGGGACACCCGGACACGGCUGGAUAACGGGACGGACCUGCCAGCCCUGGGAAACGUGGAUAACGGGAUGGAGAGGGAUAACAGGACGGACAAGGACACCCAGGCACGGCUGGAUAACGGGACAGAGCUGCCGGCCCUGGAACACGUGGAUAAUGGGAUAAUGGGGGACACUGGGACCAACCAGGACACCCAGACACGGCUGGGAACUGGGACGGACCUGCCGGCCCUGGAACACGUGGAUAAUGGGAUGGACACGGAUGAUGAGGGACACCAGGACACCAGGACAGGGCUGGGAACAGGGACAGACCCACCAGCCCUGGAUAAUGGGACCAACAGAGACACCAGGACACGGCUGGAUGGAGGGACAGAGCUGGACACCAGGACACAGCUGGACACGGGGACCCCCCCGGCCCCCAGGACUGCCCUGCCCCGCAGUGCCACCAGUGUCACCUGCUCCACGGCCUUUGGGGACCCCCCCGGGGAUCCCCCCGGGGACCCCGACCUGUCCCGGGCCGUGUCCGACCCCGGACUCUGCGACGGGGACGGGGGGGACUGGGGGGACCCCCCGGCUCAGGGGGACACCCCAGAUAACGGGGCCACCCUGAAUAUUGGGGCCACCCCAAAUAACAGGGCCACCCCAAAUAAUGGGGCCACCCCAAAUAAUGGGGCCACCCCAAACAACGGGGCCCCCCCGAGCCCCCCCGGGCCCUCCCAGUGCCCCCAGUUUGGCCCGGCCGAUGACCUGCUGGUGCCGCUGGGGCAGGCGCUGCCGCCGGGCUGGGUGACCCUGGAGGGGGACUUCGUGCUGGUGGUGGCCCUGUCCCCGUCCCACCUCGGGGCCGACCUGGUGGCCGCCCCCCGGGCCCGCCCCGACGACGGGCUCCUGCACCUGCUGUUCGUGCGGGGGGGGGUCUCCCGGGGGUCUCUGCUCCGCGCCCUCCUCGCCAUGGCCCGGGGGGGCGACCCCGGGGGGGGCCCCGGGACCCCCCUGCGCCGCGUCCCCGCCCGGGCCUUUCGCCUGGAGCCCCUCGGGGGGGGCACCAUGACCGUGGACGGGGAGAGGGUCCCGUGCGGGCCCGUCCAGGGGCAGCUGCACCCCGGGCUGGCCCGGGCCAUUAUGGCCCUGCCCCCCAAGUGAGGGGGACACCCCCCAGGGACCCCCCGGGCCAUCAUGGCCCUGCCCCCCAAGUGAGGGGGACACCCCCCAGGGAACAGGGACACCCCCAGGGG